AUGCCACUAUGCAAAAGCAAAAGCUACUGUGAGGUGCCGACAUGCUCGAUGAUCAGAGUUCGCUCCACCGAAGCCCGUCAGUUGCAGUUGAGGAUCCAAGACGGGGACGCGCAACCGCAUGUGGGUAAACAUAGUUCAUUAUAACCAUUGGAAAUCCCGACACACCCCAUGUACAGACGUGGCUUCCCUGUAACGCCCAUGGACUGGAGUGAGCUGAGUUGAACUUGACCUACGGCUCGCUGCAUACGAAACACUGCCACUAUGAGAGACUUUUCGUACAUCGAACAGUGGUUGCAAGGAGAGGAAGACACUCAAAGCCGGAGCAGCACAGAUCAUGACUUUGAGAAGAUCCAAUUUUGGCAGGAAGUGACACUUCUUGAGCUGGGAGCAACAAAAAAGAGACCGACAAUCCGUCAGAGAGUCCGCAGCCUCAUCAAACCUCCGCCAGUCGAGCGUUUCCCUGCCCUAGCCAUGCUAUACAACGGCGAGUGCGUGACGCUCACGCCAAAAAGCACCCCAGAUCCGUUCGUUGUGAAAGCUCACAGAAGAUACUACAUGACAUACACUGCGGGUAACAGAAUUGAGAUAACGGUCUCGAAGUAUCUGACGGAUUUAGAGAAAAACAUACAUGUAAGAAAAACAGUGGUCUGGACGCCACCGCCCAGCACUGAACAUUCAGCAGAUCUCUGGGCACCUGAGCUUCACGCAAUCAGGGGGCGAUGGUACAUAUACUAUGCGGCAGCUAACCCAGCCCGGGGCAACGAAAGCCAUCGGAUGUAUGUUUUAGGUGGUCCUUCAGCGACAGACGACCCGACCCAGGGACAAUGGGAGUUUUUGGGCCGCAUCCACGGUAUGCCAGACCAGUGGGCUAUUGAUGGCACUGUUUUCGAGCUGAACAACGCGCUGUAUUUUGUGUACUCGGGUUGGCCUCUCGAUGACCAUAGCAAUUCGGAUCUGACCCAACAGCUUUUCAUCAUGAAGCUUGAGGAUCCCACUAUGGCAGGGAGCGAGCCAGUCAUGAUUUCCGCACCUGAGCAUCCUUGGGAGUUUACUACCGAUAACAACGGUGCGCACGGUAUCAAUGAAGGCCCGCAGUUCCUGAAGUCACCAGAUGGCAGCUGGAAGGGUAUUGUAUAUUCGGCCGCCGGCAGCUGGACUCCCCGGUACAAACUUGCCGUGUUGCAUUACAAUGGUGGAGAUCCAUUGAACCCACGCUCAUGGCCAAAGGGCCAACAGCCACUGCUGGAGUCUUCGGGUCACGACAAAGGACCCUGGGGCCCAGGGCAUGGCAGCUUCAUCAACAUCGGCGAUGAGACGCUGUGCAUCUUCCACGGCACUGACCGGGAGGAUGAAGGCUGGGAGAACAGGAAGGCGAGGUGCCAGCGUGUGAUGUUUACAGAAGUUGGACCCUAUAUGGGCCACACCUGUGGACAUGCUGAAUCGGAGAAACAGCCGAAAAAGGGGCUGGUGGAUAAAUUGCGACGGCGACUCAGUAAGCAGAAGGACGAAAUAGUGCCAGACAAGAAGGCAAAUUCUUUGAAGGUAUUGUUAGGAAAUUGUUAGGGAUAUCCAAUGGAUCGAUGCCGCGAUGAAUAAGGAUGACUCUUCUGAUUAGACGGUCAAAUUAUUUGCGUAUACUUGGAUUACACAGGCCCCAGCGCCGGCUGGACCUUCAAUGGUAUCUCAAUAGGUAAUAGCAAGAUGACUGCUUUCAACACCCA